AUGGACACGGAAUCACCGCACGAUGAAACCAAAGAAGCACCUGAGCCUUCAACACCUAAUAUAAGUGCUGCAGAUAAGUAUUUUAUUGAUCAGCGUGAUCUCAUCUUACAGGAUAUUAAUAACACAAUGGAUUCCAUAUUGAAUAACCUAAAUACACUAAACAUUUCGCUUGAGUCUUCCAUAGCUGUAGGGAAGGAAUUUGAGUCGGUUGCAGAUUUAUGGAAAACGUUUUAUGAUGGGUUGGAAACUGAUGCUGAAGUACCAGCAAAUUCUCAGGAAGAUGAACUGCAGAUUGAUCAAAGUCAUGACGAUGUAAUGAAUUCGCAAAAAACUGAAACUGAAAUUUAA